AUGUCCAAGUUGCUGGUGUUGCUGCUUCUCGUCGGCGCCGCCCUGUCUGAAGAGAUGAAGACACAGUCGUCAUUCACUACCUCGUCUGUUGGAGGUGACGGCCGAAGUGUCUCAACAACCAAAGUCACUGGUCCUGACGGUACCGUACGUGAGCAGACGGUGAAGGUCGGCGAGGAUGGCAAGAAAGUGGUGACGUCCAAUGUCAAGGAUGGUGAGAAGUUGGUGACGGAUGUUAAGGACAAGGUGGACGACCUCAUUCCCAAGAUGCCGCCGCGGGUGACGUUGCUGGUGGUGGCGCUGGCGGCGCUGUGCUGUGCGGCGCCCUCGCCCUCGCCGUCGCCGUCGCUGGGCCACCACGGGCUGCCGCUGUCGGCGUGGGCCGGCCCCGUGCUGGCGGGCUUCCCCGUGCCGGUGGCGCUGCCGCUGUACGGCGGGCUGGAGGGCGCGCUGGCGGCGCAGACGAGCCACGCCUUCCUGGCCGCCCCCGGCGCGCUGCUGGCUCUACCUGUCACGCACACUGUGCACACUAUUCCUGCGGGAACUGCCAUCGAGUACGGCGUUCCUCUACCCGCAGAUGCCGCCACAGAGAAGACAAAGCCAGCUGUUACCGAAGAAACACCUAUGGAGACCCUUGCGCCUGAGUCGGACAAGACUGGAGAGACGAGCCAGGUGGGGGGACAGGCCGUGGGAAUCGACCUGGCCUCCACGGGCGGAGCGAGCGCCGAAGGAGAAACCGGCGGCUUCAGCGCGGGCGGCAGUGCGGGGCAGGUGGGCGGUGUCGAGAUCUCCGGGGCAGUGACGGAAGCCGCAGUCACUGAGUCAGCCGUGGUCGAGAGCUCGUCAGCGGCUCCUGUGGUCGAGACCGCCGUUAAACCCAAUGGAGGAUACAAGCUCUCCAUCGCGUACGGUGUCCCCAGGGCACCCACAAUCUCUGAAAAUCUCGAUAACAGGGAUACUCUCGGUAACAACCAGUCUGAAAAUAUCAAGAUCACCAAGUCUGGACCAAAGAUACAGUCACUGGACGAUCUCAUCUCCGAGACAUUUUCUAGUACUGCUCAAUCAGGUUCCCUGAGCAGUUCUCACAGUGGGUCCAGAACUGGUGCUUUAGACUUUGUAGACGUGUCGAGCGAUGCUAGGUCACUGGCUGCGUCGGGUGGGCUGGAUUGCACUGGUAAAGGAUGUGGCACAUCAAAUUUUCAAAAGUUCAACAAGGUUGGCGUUACCUCAAAUUCUGGGGCAUUCAGGCUGUCCCUCGGUGGUGGCAAAAACGACGCUUUCUCUAAAGCGGUUGAAGAUGCGUCCUUAGGCCAGGAGACAGUCCAUUUCCAAAACUCUGCAGCCGUGCCCAAUAGAGCGGCCACACAACAUUAUUACUACGACCUUCCUCACCUAGCAGGAGGGGGUGCCUCUGGUGCAUCCGAACAGGGCGGUGCGAACUUUGGAUCUAGUCAGGCUUCUGGUUCUUCCCAAUCUUUCGCUUCUGGCGGCUUCAGGUCUGAGCAGGAUAGUGGUGACAGCGCUCUCUUUGGAUCUAGUCCAACCUCUGCUUCAUCUUCAGGGAUUUCUUCUGGCGGCUUUGCUUCCCCAUUGACGUCUGAGUCGCUGCCCAAUUACCCCGACAGUGUCCCUGUACCGCCAUAUCCUAAAACGUAUAGUGCUCCAGUCCCGCCAUAUCCUAAACUUUACAGUUCUCCAGUACCGCCAUACCCUAACACUACGCCAGUUCCACCCUACCCCAACGCAUACUCUCCUCCAGUAUAUUCUCCACCUGCCUACAGCCCUCCAGGUGGCAACACUAACCGAUUCGCACCCUCGAAGCCAGACUUUGGCACUGGUUCGCAAAGAGGCAUAGGCGACACCGGUGUGUUUAGGCCAAGCCAUGGCGCGCAUCCACCAGUGGCUGGAGACCAGGACGGUGUGUACCCACCUUCCAAGCCUCCAGCUCCAGCCUAUGGGCUUCCUCAGCCGCCGCCAUCAGCUCCCAUCGAUUCUUACGGCCUUCCUGCUAGAGAUCUUUACGAUAUCAGGAGUGGUGCAAACGCUUCUUCUAGACCGAGCAAUAAGAGGCGAUCCCUGAACAAUAAGCGGCGAUUCGUUUGA